GUCAACGACAGAAGCACGAAGAAGUUUCGCAACAGCGCCAUCCCUCCACGCAUUAUUUGUUUGUUUUUUGUAAUGAAAAACAGAGGGAGAGUCCCAUCUCCCCCUCACAGGAGUGUGUUUGAGAAAGAUUCUCUUAAUAAUUAUGUUGGAUUUUGAAUUGAUACGUCUUCUCUCACACGGAGCCAUGAACAAAUGAAUUCGCGGGGUAUGAAAUUUAGAUUCCUAAAAGGAGAACGAGUGCUGUGCUUCGAACCCGAUCCAACCAAGGCUAAAGUCUUGUAUGACGCAAAGGUCCUUGAUAUAGUAAUAGGCAAGGAUGAACAUGGAAGGCGAAUCCCAAAGUACUUGAUUCACUUUAACGGUUGGAGCAGAAGCUGGGAUCGUUGGGCUGCUGAGGAUCAUGUCCUAAGGGACACUAAGGAAAGCCGCAAAUUGCAACGUAAACUGGCACGUGAAGCACUUGGUCGCAUGAAGAAAAAGGGAUGGGCAAAGAGGCGACAUCCUUCUGGUACUAAACCCUCGCUCAAGACACUUCCUAAGGAGGAUGACAGUGAUGACACAUGCUUGAUUUCAUCUUCUGGCAGCAGUGAGGGCGACGGUUCUGAAGCCGAGUCUUCGAAUAGUGGAGACACUACCUUCUCUGAGGACAUCAACAAAAUGAAAGUUGAACCUGAUAUCAAUCUCAAGAAGGAAAGCGAGGAGAGGGUUGUACAUGUUGACAUCAAUAUUCCAGAUAUCCUCAAGAAAAAAUUGGAGGAUGACUGCUUUUACAUCAAUAAGCGGAAAAAGUUGGUGAUGGUUCCUUGUCAAACGAAUGUUGUGCAAAUCUUGGAGUCUUAUGUAAAGCACUUUGCAAUCAACAAGGCUUUCAUGGCUAAUGAGCGGUACAGAAGGCAGCAACAGCAAAAUACGACACAGAGUAGCAGCCCACAGCCAAUCCCUCCAGAGAAGAAUGAGGAGCUGUGUAAGGAAAUGGUUGAUGGCCUGAGGAUCACAUUUGACUUCACUCUACCCAUGAUCCUCCUCUAUCCAUGUGAGCAAGCUCAGUUCAAAAAAGUUAGCUCUUCACGCUUUUUCCUGGCAGUCAAUGAAGGAUCUCCCUGCCCCAGCAUCACCCAGCGAGAACGCAGUCCCAGCCCAGCAGGUCACAACCCUCUCACACCUCAAUCAACAGACAGUCAGCCAGCCCUGAGUGACGUUUCUACUACCACACCAACUGCGCCCACCCCAAAGCGUCGCCGCCACCCUGACAUGGACUGUAUCUCCUACCAGUCCCAGUCGCUCAGGCGUUCUACCAGGAACACACCUGGGGGAGAACGCCCAGCUGAAGGGAGCAGUGGCGGCGGAGGCAGUUCCGCAGCGUCACCUCAACUCAAACGCCGCUUGAUCGACAGCUCAUUGCAGUCAAAAUUCAUCCUCAACCUUGACAGAAAAACUCCCGUACACAGUGGUUCAUCCUCCCCUUUGCCUUUGACUCCAGGCAAAGAACGAAGUGGACCUUUUCACGGCCUUGAGAGCAGGCGAAAUAAUGAGCUUAAUGAGGUUUUGAGUUGGAGGCUGACACCUGAUAACUAUCCCUUAAGUGACCAGCCUCCACCACCCUCCUACCUGUACGGAGUACAGCACCUUCUGCGACUUUUUGUGAAGCUUCCUGAGAUCCUUGGAAAGAUGCAGAUCCCUGAAAGGAAUCUAAGAGCCUUGGUCAAACAUCUUGAGCUCUUUCUCAGGUUUCUGGCUGAGUUCCAUGAGGAUUUCUUUCCCGAGUCUUCUUAUGUGUCAGCGUCCGAGGCUCACAAUAACAUGAAGCAACCAAGGCCUCUUUACUGAAAACUGCAGAUGCUUUUGCCCUUCUUUUUCUUGUCUUCACACCUUCUCAGUAUAUCUUUGAGAAAUAAAAAGUAUGGAGGUAGCUGCUACAAUAGAA